UUGGAAGACGAGAACGACUCGAAUCCAAUCCUUCCUCCGAGUUAUAGCGCGACGGUGUUUGCGAACAUUCCGAUCAACAGUCCAGUGUUACGGAUUCACGCACCGGACCCUGAUUCCGGCCUGAACGGCGAGGUUUACUACUAUCUGUUGAACCAAAGCAAUUUUUUCGCUAUUCACCCAAAGACCGGCGUGUUAUCGGUCAUCCACUCGUUGCAGUCGUUGGCAAAGCGUAAUUUGACUUUCACUGUAGCAGCGGCGGACCGUGCCUGGUUGUUGUUUCCUUCGUCUAGAAUAUCGCCGACUCCCAGUAUCACAUCGGUGACAAUCGUGGUACAGCCAAAAGAGGUUCAACUGCACCUGAAGUGCACCGCGGUCGACGAUGGCUGCACCAGCAACAGGCGAUUGUGUGCCAAGUGUAAAUUGUCCUCUGAUGAUAGAUCAGACGUCGCCUUACGCCGAUGCCAACUGCAUUUAGCUGGCGAGCAGGCGCAGCACAAUCGCUUUGUUGUAGCUCGUUCCUCAGAUCAUCAGUCUGGUGCUGUGUUCGACGUACUGCUGAACGACCUGAGGCUUGCGGUUUCGUCCGUACAUGAACUGUUCGUUGAUAUGGUCUGUGAUGAUGGUGCAGUGGUUAGAAAAAACGCCAGCACCGUUUCGGUUCGUGUGGCCCCAUCUUGCAGCGUUUUUUCUUUUAACAACGGCCCAAAGCUGUUCAAUGCCAGCGAGGCACUGCCGGUCGGAGCCGAGGUCGGCCGUCUUCUCGAGUCACUGAUAAUCGAGGUGGCUUCAAACGUCCGGUUGCGCAUCGUCGAUCAUAGUUCUAGCUUACAGCAGCGCUUGCCAUUCAGCGUGAAUGAAAACACCGGAAUUAUUUAUGUCAGUGGUCGCCUAGAUUACGAAACUGAAACGCACUACGAUUUCGACGUGUCAUUUGAUGUGUCCGACUGCAAUCGCUCUUUCCUGCUGAGGGUGACUGUACAGGUGAUGAACGAGAACGACAAUUUUCCGAUCAUCGAACGACCCGUUCAAUGUCUGCAGACCGUCGUGACCCCAGAAACACCAAUUGACACGGUGUUGUGUUCGUUUCAUGCCAGCGAUGCAGAUAGCGGUCGCAAUGGCAAACUAAUGUUCUCGUUGUCUACCGCCACCGAUUACGAAGACUAUUUUUUCUUGCACGAGGUAUCUGGAAAGUUGUACCUACGCCGACAGGUGCCAAAGGCGAUGUGUGACCGUACGUUCAACGUGUUGAUUCGCUGCAGCGACGAUGGACUGCCAUUCAGGCGCGAAACUUCGGUCGUCGUCCCAUUUUCCUUUUUCAAGAUUUCUCUGUCGAAGGGUCUCAAGAACGCCGGAGGUAAGGUGAUCAUGCCUGAAGUGUCUCCGAUUGCUUCAAACCGUCACUCGCCGGUGUUCCUCGAUUCCGACGAAUCGACUGUAUUCGUCCGAGAGGAUGUCAGCAUCGGCUACAUCGUCGCCGUGCUCAGAGCGUACGAUCUGGACGACGGCCUCGAAGGCUUCGUC